CAGGAACCUUUGACCUAUAUGCCACGCCUCUUUGUCCCAAAGCCACAGAUUUAUCGACAACAGACACAAUGACAGAUGUGUCGGUUGAACUCCAGCAGCCAGCGUGCAGGAGAUGCAGAGAGCUGGAUGACAGAUGUGGCGAGGAGCAGUCAGACGAGCUGGAUGAGGAGGCGUUGAUGUUCCUGGCUGAUGUCGCUCUGGCGCCACCCUGCGGUGAUGACAAGUCCUGCAGCCGUGACUGUGAGGCUUGCGACUGUGAGUUGGAGAGGAGCCUCCAGGUUCUGCAGCUGCAGCUCCAGUUCCUCAUGAGCAAAGCAGAAGACUUACAGGACCUCCUGGGAAAUAGCAGACAGGAUCAUGUAGAGAGUUUCCUGUUGACCUGUCAACCUUACUUCAAUCACCUGCAAUCCACAGCCUGGAGCAGCAUGUCCCAGCACACCCAUCUGCCUCAAAACAUCAAUACAAUGCUGCUAGAUCUCUCUCAGCAGCUGUGUGACAAGUUGGAGCAGCUGGUGUUAACCUACGCCAGACACAAUCUCCUCUGUUUGGACGAAAGUGAACCUAACAGUGUGUCUCAUUUCUGCGUGGGUCAGAUUCUGCUCAGCCCCCUGAGGGUGACGGUGUUCCGCUACUGUAGGCUCACGCCGUUCCUGGCUCGGGUCAACACCGGCUUGUACAAGAGGAUGCGGUGGAAUGUGGAGAGGCUGCGAGACGGACAGCCGUGGGCAGAUGAAGAUCGAGGUGGCGAGUGCAAGGAGUGCGAGGCAGACAAAGUUGGAGAAACAGAAUAUUACUUCAUGUGCUGUGAGAAUAUUCCCAAUGCACACGCAGAGGCCGACAGUGAGAGCCAAGGCAUCUGCCAUGAUGAAGUGGUGAAGAUGUGGACCAUUGGUCAGUGGGUGCAGAUGAACCCAAACCCCGACACAGAGGACAUCUACGACUGGAUCAAAUGUGAGGUUCCUCAGGCCAGAUAUCAAAGGCUGUUGUUCCUGGGCAGUGAGGAGCUGUCGUGCUGCAGUGCUACCGAUCUUCUGCAGCAGCUGCUGUCGUCACAACAGUCAACAGAGCAGUUUUAGUGCAUCCACCUGUGUGAUUCAUCAAGAUAUGCAGCAAAAAGCCUGGUUACGAGUUAAGUUCUUACAGGAUGUUGGAGGAAAAUCCCUUAAGGGAUUUUUAAAAAAAGUGGUCGAGUGAGGUAUUGACAGAUUGUCAGCUCUGACUUCGCCAUGUGCACAAUUGACGACCAGCUUGACCAGCAGGGACACAAGAAAAACAAGCCACUCAAUAUGAAUCUACAACUAUGUUUGUCACUUUUUCUCGCCGUUCCUGGCUGGAAACCGUCACCAUCACAACAUGCAGGAGUUGUUGAUCCUCUGCUGACUUCCAUCAGUUCAAGUUCAAAUGUGUUGUUUUGUGACUUUGGUGUUAAAAACCUUUGUUCAGAUUUACAGACUUACCAAAAUGAGCAGAUCAGCAGCUCAUUUGACCCCAAUGAGGUAAAAACACUGAAUUUCUCUCUGGACUUUAGUGCAUGAAAAUUAUAAAUGAUGAAGGCAGCAUAACUGCAAGAGGAAGUGUCAAACAUCCUCUUAAAAGUCUACCUAAUAAGAUCUUCUCUUGUCUACCAUAUUUUGUUAUGGGACUAAAAUCUGUUUUCAGAAUUUCCUUGUCACUGCUGACAGUGCGUCACUACCAAGAACAAUCGAACUAUAGUUGAGUCCGCGUGCCAGUGCAUAGACACCUGUGCCUCAGUUAGAUAACUUAAAAUAGUUUGAUGCUGUGUACUCUGAUGAAUCUGUUUUUAUGCAGCUACUUUAUUCUGUUUUACAACAUUUGUUCUGUAAAUGUUAAGAAAAAGAAGCAACAACAGCAUUUUGAGUUGUGAGUUUUGUUGUGUUGUAAAGAAAUACACAAGAGUUAUUAUAAAAAACAUUUAUUUACAGUAAAUAAAACUGUUGCAUUGAAAUAAUUACACAUGAUCACAGGUUUCUGUUUUCCAAUUAAAACAAAAUACAGAUUUUUUUUUUUUUUUUUUACAUUUUUAAAAACAAGCUGCCAUGAUUUGGGCCCUACAAGAGAGAGAAUACCCAGUUUACUUCACUUCACCAGGUUUAUCAAGACAUUUAAAUUUAAAGUACACACACAUACCCCACUUCAUUUAUAUAAAUUAAGAUCCAUAAUGGGGCAUUUAACAAAUUGCUUCCUCAGAGCUCAGCCUGCUGUGUUCAGUUUGACCUUGUAACCAUUCAGCCCAACUGUUCUGUUGAGUGGACAUGUUUAAAAAAAUAAAGAAAAAAAGGCAUUUUACUUAGAACAAAGAAUAAAAUCUACCA